AUGGCUUCGAUGCUACCUCUCUCAGCGCCAGCCCACCAACUCCUUUCCGAUGCCAGCGCCACAGAGUACCCCGGCCCCGACAGUGUCAGCGUCAAUGCCGGUGCCCCACGCUCAAUCCUUCGACGUCCUGAGAACUUGGCAGUGGGCGUCCAUUCGAUCUUAGACGCGGCCGCCACACCGUCGGCCAGACAUGCAAAACGACCACGCACCAACGUCACCGUCGCGUGCGACGGGUGCAAGCUGGCCCGGGCCAAAUGCGACGGCAAUCACCCCUGCAUGCGCUGCAUGAAGAAGGCCCUCUCCUGCAAAUACGACCAAGGCAACGACCGGCGCCAGAAUCGCGGGUCCAACGAAGAGGUCCAAGCCCUGACGGACCGACUGGGGCAGUAUCAGAAGUUCGUCUUCGCGCUGCGCAGCUCGCCCCUUGGAAGCGCCAGCUACGUGCUCUGGAGGUUACGCUCUGUCUCGACAGGGACCGAACCCCAGCCACGCGGCCACCAGGAGUCAUGUCCCUGCGUUGCUGAGGUUGCCGCGCUGGCGGCGGCCGUGGAGUUGCUCAACGACACCAAAUCCGGCGGUCGGCUAGUCUGUACGAGUCUAGAUGUGGACGAAACGGCCGCGUUGGUCGGCUGGAUCAAGCGAGAUAUGGAUAUGGAUGUGGAUUCCACUGUGGCACUCGCGCAACGACCGUCGCUAUCGCAGUCCCAACGCCAGCCCCAGUCACAGUUCCAACCCUAUAUCCAUUCCCAGCCGGAAGAGCGAUUGCCCAGCGAACACAAUCACAAUGGCACCGGAGCGAGGAGUCUGACCAAGAGCCAUUUUAGUGUCGAGGGACUAUUGUGUUAA